GAAAAUCGGGUCAAACACAGAAAUAGUCUGUGAAUAGAAAGGUGUCGACUGGCGAGGUGAUUUAAUUUUUUUCUCCCUCGUACCUAAGGUAUUGAAGAAAUUUAAAUAUUUUUCUUAAUUAAACCAGGGAUUUGAAGUCGUUUUUAAAGUUAAGCUAUUCUCACGCGCUGUCCGAAGCGUCGGUAAAAAUGGACGCGGAGCCUAUUUCGGUAACGAUGGACUCGGGCACUGAUACUCCGAUUCCCUUCCCAGUAGUUUUAAAGAAAAUCAUGGAAAUUCCUCCACCGAAUCUUCUGGAAGGCGAUGAUGGUGAAAAUGAUAAAGAGAAACUCUUUGAGGAUGUGGACUCUGGAGGGGUCAGUGGAAUGGGACCAUCAGCCGCCCUAACACCUGCCAUCUGGGAAAAGACCAUUCCCUAUGAUGGCGAAACCUUCCACCUGGAAUACAUGGAUCUGGAGGAAUUUCUCAUGGAGAAUGGCAUUUCUGCCUCAGAGGAUGAGGGUCAGCAAAAGAGUCUUGGGAAGGAAAACUUACAGCUGACAACUGAAAAACCAACCACAAUCUCUACAAGCGAAACAGCCCCAGCAAUCUCUCUUAUGCCAGUCAUGGAACUGGAUCAAUGUGAGGAGGAAGUGGUCACAUUCACGGCCUCCAGCUCAACAGACACUAAAUCAGAUGAGGACCGUGCGACACCAGAGCCUAUUGAUCCAGAUGAUAUUGAGGUAGAGAUCAACUUCGAGCCGGAUCCCACAGACCUUGUGCUCUCCAGCAUACCCGGAGGCGAACUGUUUAAUCCCCGGAAACAUCGCUUCUCCGAGGAGGAGCUGAAGCCUCAGCCUAUGAUCAAGAAAGCAAAGAAAGUAUAUGUGCCUGAGGAGAAGAAGGACGACAAAUACUGGCAGCGGAGGAAGAAGAAUAAUAUUGCAGCCAAACGUUCACGAGAUGCCAGGCGGCUUAAAGAGAAUCAGAUCACAGUACGAGCAGCCUUCCUGGAGCGAGAGAACUCGGUGUUGAGGCAGGAAGUGGCAGAGUUACGCAAGGACUUUGGGCGCUGCAAGAACGUCGUGGCACGCUAUGAAGCCAAAUACGGGCCACUUGGACCAGCUGAAGACCUCUAAACAAUUAUUGAUUUAUUUGCAUUGUCGAAAGGCAAUAAAUUAAUAAUGGUAUGGAAUGAAAAGGAGAAGACAGAAGAUAAGUGAAUGAAUAAUUCAGACUGUAAAGCUAAGUGAUAUUCAUGAUUAUGAAUCCUGUCAGCCACUCUUAUCAAUAUAAUAAUCUUAUAUUCAGUGCAACAGCAUACCCAAUAUUUCCAAUAGAGCUUUUGAGUGCUUUUUUUGUAAAGCAUUGCAUUGUAGAAAAGGUCUUUCCCCUCUACCUUUUCUUGUUUUAUGGUAGUUUUAAGGAAUAAUGUGCGUUGGAAGUCACUGGUCUUUAUUUAUGAAGAAUGACUGGCAUUGACUUUAAUAUACUUUCUUAAAUAUCAGUUUG